CGGGGUUUCUGAAGAAAGAAGCGCGUUUAGGGACGUUAAUAAGGAUGCUAACCUGCCUGAAGAAGGCAACAAACGAUGCUCAAAUGGGAGUUGACACAGGAGUUUAAACAGCAGAUCCGUGAGACUGACUGACCCUAUUUGCACUCAUCCAUAAGGUGCUAACUAUAAGACAGCUAUGCCACCUCCAGCUGACAUUGUGAAGGUUGCCAUUGAAUGGCCCGGUGCCAAUGCUCAGCUCAUAGAGAUGGACCAGAAGAGACCUUUGUCCUCUAUCAUUCGGGAGGUAUGUGAUGGCUGGUCUUUGUCAGGCUCAGAACAGUUUGCCCUGCGUUAUGCUGAUGGUCCUCAGCUUUAUAUAACUGAGCAGAGCCGUGGUGAAAUUAAGAAUGGGACCAUCCUUCGAUUAGCAAUUUCCCCUGCUCGUGCUGCUCGUCAGCUCCUGGAGAGGAUUCAGUCCCAUGGCAUCGAUGCUCGCCUCGAGGCUCUGAAAGAGCUUGCCAAGCUGUCUGCAGACCCUACUUUUGCUGCAGAGUUCAUUAACAUGGAGGGCAUUGGGACACUGGCUCGCCUCGUAGAGAGCGGCACCCACUUUGGGGAAAUGUUGGCCUUCACUCUCACUGCCUUCCUGGAGCUGAUGGAUCAUGGCAUCGUGUCUUGGGACCUUAUCUCCCUCUCCUUCAUCAAACAGAUUGCAGGAUAUGUGAACCAGCCGAUGGUGGACGUAUCCAUCCUGCAGCGCUCUCUGGCCAUCCUGGAGAGCAUGGUCCUAAACAGCCACAGCCUUUAUCAUCGAGUGGCCCAGGAGAUCACCGUGGGACAGCUCAUCGGGCACCUGCAAGUGUCAAACCAGGAGAUCCAGACCUACGCCAUCGCUCUCAUCAACGCUCUUUUCCUGAAGGCACCAGAGGACAGACGACAGGAGGAGUAUUCUAACCCACUGGAGCAGCACCUCACUGAAAUGGCCAGCACUUUGGCUCAGAAACACCUGCGCUCCAUCAUCCUCAAUCAUGUUAUCAGAGGAAAUCGACCAAUCAAAGCUGAAAUGGCCCAUCAGCUGUAUGUACUGCAAGUAUUGACCUUUAAUCUUCUGGAGGAAAGAAUGAUGACUAAAAUGGACCCCAACGAUCAGGCUCAGAGAGACAUCAUUUUUGAGCUGCGUAGAAUUGCCUUUGAUGGAGAAAGCGAUCCCACAGGUACAGAGAAGAGAAAGGCCAUGUACACCAAGGACUACAAGAUGCUGGGAUUCACAAACCAUGUGAAUCCAGCCUUGGACUUCACCCAGACUCCUCCAGGGAUGCUGGCUUUGGACAACAUGCUGUAUCUUGCCAAGGUUCAUCAGGAUACCUACAUCAGGAUCGUUUUGGAGAACAGCAGCCGAGAAGAUAAGCAUGAGUGUCCGUUUGGCCGCUGUGCCAUUGAGCUCACUCGGAUGCUCUGUGAGAUACUUCAGGUUGGAGAACUGCCUAAUGAGGGCUGCAACGAUUAUCACCCCAUGUUUUUCACCCAUGACCGAGCAUGGGAGGAGUUCUUCUGUGUCUGUAUCCAGCUGCUCAAUAAAACCUGGAAGGAGAUGAGGGCUACAGCGGAGGACUUCAACAAGGUGAUGCAGGUGGUCCGUGAGCAGAUCACAAGAGCUCUGGCAAUGAAACCAUCAUCGAUUGACCAGCUGAAGAAUAAAUUACGAGGACUCAAUUAUUCUGAGAUUCUGCGCCUGCGUCAGUCAGAAAGAAUGAGCCAGGAUGACUUCCAGUCUCCACCUAUCAUUGAGCUGCGGGAGAGAAUUCAGCCUGAGAUCUUAGAGCUCAUCAAGCAGCAACGACUCAACCGGCUGUGUGAAGGGAGUUGCUUCCGUAAACUGGGGAACCGCCGAAGGCAAGAGAAGUUUUGGUUCUGUAGACUGUCUCUGAAUCACAAAGUGCUGCAUUAUGGGGACUUGGAUGAGUCACCUCAGGGUGAAGUGCCUUUUGAGCUGCUCAGUGACAAGAUCCCCGUCUCAGACAUCAAGUCCGUGUUAACAGGGAAGGACUGCCCCCAUAUGAAAGAGAAAAGUGCUCUAAAACAAAACAAGGAGGUGCUGGAGUUGGCUUUCUCUGUCCUGUAUGAUCCUGAUGAAACACUUAAUUUUGUUGCACCCAACAAGUAUGAGUAUUGCAUCUGGACUGACGGCCUGUGUGCGCUGCUGGGCAGAGAAAUGGGCAGUGACCUGACACGCAGUGACCUAGAUACUCUUAUCAGUAUGGAGAUGAAGCUCCGCCUCCUCGACCUUGAGAACAUCACCAUCCCUGAAGCACCGCCUCCCGUGCCAAAGGAGCCUAGCUCAUAUAACUUCACCUACAACUACAGCUGAGAUGUAUGUGUGUGUGUGUGUGUGUGUGUGUGUGUGUUUGCAGAUCGUGUAUUUGUAUGUCAAGGAUUGGUUUACUCACCUUUUAAUAAAUUAAGUUGCAUAUACACAUACAGAAGACGCCACUAUGAUGUGUUUGUGAUGCUGUCAGAGGAAAAACCUGUUGAUAGCCUAACAGGGAGGUCAGAGGUCACGGUUCAGUACAAGGCUAGAGGUGAACUGAGUGAAUCUAUUUCAUCCGUUCAUUCUCCCGGUUGCCUCUUCAUUUGUAUUCCUCAUUUCUUCUAAUUCAAAGGUAGAAGUGAAAUAUGAACGGAAACCUGCUUAUUAACUUUGACUUUCUUUGAGCAGUUGGUCAUGUAUGUGGUUUCCAUGGCAACGGAGAAUGAAUUUGCUACCAUUCCAGUUUAAAUCCAGUGAGUGCUCAGAUAUUGCCUGCUUCUUCACAUGUGCAGGUGUACAGUCUAGUAUAUGCUGCUCUCCAUCACAGUCGAAUUAAUCUCAUCAGGAGGUCAAUGAGAAAGUGAACUGACAAUAAAACAUUUAUAUUGUAUGGCAAAAACUCUUAAGUUGGAGAGAUAUCCACAUGCAACAGUCUGUUUCUUUCAUGAAGCAACAGUAAAGUGUUUCAGUACACUUUCUAAGCUAUAAAGAAAAAUAGAAUUUAAUUUUGUGAGCAGAUAAAAAGCUUAGAAUCAGAGCAAGUUCAGGUGGUGAAACGUGUCUUUCCAAGGUUCACAUCAUCACACAUGGUCUGUUGUUGGUCUGAAUGCUGCUAUCUGUGCCGAUUCUCAGCUCAAACCAGCCAAGAUCCACUCUCCCAAAGCCUGACAGAAUUUGGAGAACGUUACUGGAUCAGAGCUGACAGCGAACAAAUGCCAGAGCACGGCCGAGUCCAUCUGAUUGCAUUACUAACUUCCCUCCCCAGAGAGAUAACACCAUUUCAUUAGAUGUGAAAAUACUACAUAAAUGUAUAACAUCUGAUUAAUGGCAUGAUGUUUGAUAUUUAAGGCCUUGCCUGCUGUAGCUUUUAGUAAGUGUGUAUUGGUGUGUGCAUUUGAAGGUGAAGAUCUGAAAUUCUUGUGUAUGUUAAUGUAGAGAGAUUUAAUGAUCAGUUUAAUAAUUUAACCCUGACUUAAAUUUAGCUAAUUUAAGUCAGGAUCAAAUCUCUGAUGUCAAACGUCUUUAAAAGCACGAAUUAAAUGAAUCAUAGUCACUGCAUUGCCUUAUCAUUCAUACAGUCACUCUAAAUAAUCAUUAGCUAUAUUAUUAAAUUAUAUAAAGUCAUGUUACAUGACUGUAUGAUGUAGUUGUAGCAGAUAUAAAAACAUUUAUGUGUUUACAACUAUGAGACUUUUAGAUAUGUUUUUUAACCAGUUUUAGGUUUUUAAAAUAAAAUAUAUAUCAUAUGUUUACAUUCUGUACAUUGCCAACAUAUUCAGCAGGAUUAAAUCUGUUUAUAGGUGAUAUAUCGAACAGAUUGUCACUGAUGACACCAGCGUUAAACAGAGCUUUCAAACUUUAAUUAAUUAAUGUAGGUCUUAGGUUUAUCAGCAGUGGCACAAAUGAACACUUGUGCAUAAAUCAGCUAUGGAGUGAUACAAACCAUUUAUUGUUUCUCAACUUAGCACCAAAAGUAGGUUUGUGUUUGGUUUAUUAUUUUUCUCCUUUAAUAAUACCAAUUGGUGUUGUAUUACAUGGUUGGAAAGCCUGGUUAGUCACCUUUACAACGAGGUCAGAUACAGGGAAGUCUGGUCUGGAUAAGCGGAGGAAAAUGGAUAGAUUGGACACAAAGAUUGGUGUAAAUUUAAAGGAUUAUGCUUCUGUGAAUUGAACAACACUGCUAAAUGUGUGGGUAUUGCUCCCAAAAAAUGGUCCAAAAUCCCCUUUUUUAUUCUGUGGAGUGAGCAACCUUCACACUUUCCAGCCAUGUAUAAUACAACCUCAGUUGGCAUCAUUAAAAUGGAAAAUGUAAUUGACCAAACACAAAUUUCCUUACUUUUUAUUGCUCUUGCAGUAUGUGCUACAUUAACUCAGUAUUAAAAGAAAUUGUUGCUGUAUUCAGAAAGACAUGCUUUAGUGUUACCUUACAUUCCAAAGGGGAAGGAUUUCCUUGUAUUUUUCUUUUUUCUGUGAUUAUUUUGCAGAUCUGAGGUCUGACUUCAGACAUUUCCUCACACUCUGUACAAGCAAACAGGGCUAAAGAACUGCUCUGUGAUCAUUUUGUGGUUAUCAUGGCAGGAAAUGCAAUCCUCCAAAACUGUAAAUAUAGGAAAAGAAUCAUUAAAAAAAAAAAAAUAAUAAAAAAAUAAAAUAGUGCUGCUCAUCUAUAAGAACACAUGCAAUCGUGUGCUUUGUAUACAGUGAUAUCAGUACUAUUGCUUGGUGUCAUUUUCUUAAUUCCAAAGUCAUUGAUUUUAAACUUUGUCCUGUUAGCUUGUAAAUCAGUACUAAUCACUGCUACCAUUGUUAACAGUACUAUAGAAGUAUAUUUUUGUAAAUGAUUGUAAACUUUUGUCAGUUGUAAAGAGAAUGGGUAUUGAACUAACAGUGUUUUUACUUCACAUGGCUCUGUACAUACAGUACAUUUGACAUUUUGCUCUAAAACAGGACUCUUUAAAAUCAUUUUACACUGUAUUAUUUGGAACGACCACCUUCUCCAGCAUCUAAUUAUGAUGUCAGCUUGUAAUUUAAUGCUAAUUAUUGCAUUACUCUCAAUGUUGUUUAAAAUUAUAUAUGAGAUUUGCUUUUUUGUUUGGUUUUUGACUAAUUUGUUUAGGUGUUUAAAAAUUAUUCUAUGGUGGCCCUGAGUGUUUCUUUUAGUGCAUCUUUUGAAAACACAAGCAUAGGGUUUUCUUAUACAUUAAUGCAGAGCCACUGUAUUAAUCCUUAUUUGAGUAAGUUACUGAACUUAUAAGCUGUGUUCAGAUGUCAGCUAAAAUAAAUUCAACAGUAUAUAUUAUGAUAUGUGAAGGACUAUUGCCUUGAAUGACUAACAGUAUGACUUGAAAUUUUUCCUUCUGGCACACUUUUCUAUGACUUGCUUGACUAUUUAUUUACACUUGGUAGUGCUAAUAAAGAAUGGCAGAAUGAUAUCACAUUUAAAGGUGGUAUACAUAUAGAUCAUUGUAUGUAUAUACCGUGUUGUAUUGCCUUAUUGAAGAUUUGUAUUAUGUUUUGUGUCAAUAAAUACGAAGUCCUAA